UCUCUGUUGCGUAUAUGUGCUCACAUUUUUCGUUGUUUUUCGCUUAAAAAUAUAAAAAGCAUUAAAUCAUCGUAUAUACAACAAUUUAGCUCAACAAUUCAUAUGAAAAUUCCACUCUAACUCAACUUCAAAGCCCAAAAUCUCAAGAAAUGUCGAUGUUAGCGAUUUAUUGUUCCAAAAUUUAAUUUCCUACAAGUUUCAUACUUUACAUUUUUCUGAAGCUAUUGAUAUUUACGAGAUAUGGGCAAAAAACUUUUUGAUCCUGAUAGAGAUUUGGUUCAAUUUAUGAUCCGCUGAGUUGAUUCUCGGCUUGGUAGCACUGAAAAAUGAAUGUAUACACAAGCAGAUAUUCUGCCAUUUGUUGCUCUUAACUUGAUUAGAAUAAAACGCCCAUGUUAAAUAUUUAAGAGAAUAUUAUUUCGCUUAAAUGUACUUCUCCGCCUUCCUCGUGCUAGUACAUACAUAGUAUUGGUAAGCAUUUUCUUUAUAAAUAGGUUCGUUCCUUAUCUUUUUGGACUAAAAAUUCAGAAAAGAUCAAAAUGCCAGAGUGUGAGCAAAAUGCGCUCACUAAAAGAGAAUAACAGGAAAAAGUAAAAGAACUCAAAACAAAACAAAUUUUUAGUCCAAAGAAUGGUCAAGGUCACUUCUCUUUUUUGUACAAUCCAAAAACUGGAAUGACGGUUCAAUGUACUAGAGAUGUCUGUNAAGGAACAAUCAUCCGGGAAGCGCCUGCUCAGAAAAAUGUCAAAUUUGAAUAAAUCUACUUCCGAUAAACUACAUAUAAUCGACAGAAAAACAUUCGAGUGUAUCCAAAACCAACAGAAUACGGCUAACGUUGAACCGUUCCGCAAAAUCCGUAAUUCAAAAUUUCGGAAAAAGAACCCGGCGGAAGGAGGACAUGGUGCUUCUUUUAAUUUGAUGCAGUUUCUUACAAAAACACCCAAGCAAAAACAGAAGGCAAAAAAACUCAAACGCCACGCUGUCUGUAAAUUUGGAAGACAUACCGAUAAGUUAUUGCGAUAAUUGCACCACACCGCUGCUAGCUGAAUUAACGGAGGAAUUACUUCGAGAACUGGAUCGCUUUCAAAAAC